AUGCCUAUUCCACAGUUGAUAAAGAGGGUAGCUACCCAGGCGGAAAAGUUGAACCGCAUCGCUGGUGUUUCCAACCCAUCGGCCGCGAUCAGAAUCAACACCGCCAACGUCACUUCCUUUAACGCGUUGAUGCCUAGCAACGUCAACUUGAAGCAGAUCGGGCUCAAGGAUUUCUGGAGAACCUACUUGCCGGUUGUCAAAUUCCACAACCCAGAGUUUCCAAUUUCCGUGCAGAGGGUCCACGUCUCGGGCUUGGAACAGGCCGCAAAGGUCCCAGCCGUCCUCACAAUCACCAAGGCUUCCGGUGAAAAGGUCGAGAUAGACUGUUUGGGCAAGAGCUCCGGCUCUAUCUGGAACGAGGUUUUGGAGAAAUUGCAGGGCAGUUUUGAAAACGUCGCGCUUGAGGAAAUUCCAACCAUCAACGCCCACGCCCCAGGCAAGCAGCUCAAAUAA